GUAACCUCAACUCCUGCCACAAUGUACAAGAUGCAACUCUUGUCUUGCAUCGCACUAACUCUUGCACUUGUGGCAAACGGUGCACCUACUUCAAGCUCUACGGAGAACACAAAGGAACAAGUGAAGUCAUUGCUGCUGGAUUUACGGUUGCUUUCGAAUGAAGUUAAUAAUUACGAGAACCUCAAGCUCUUCAGGAUGCUCACAUUUAAAUUUUACAUGCCCAAGAAGGCUACAGAAUUGAAACAUCUUCAGUGUCUAGCAGAAGAACUCAAACCUCUGGAGGAUGUGCUAAAUGUUGCUCAAAGCAAAACCCAGAACUGGACAGGUAUCAAGGAUUUAAUGGACAAUAUCAACAGAAUAGUUUUGACACUAAAGGGAUCUGAAACAAGAUUCACAUGUGAAUAUGAUGAUGAGACAGUAACCGCUGUAGAAUUUCUGGAAAAAUGGAUUACCUUUUGUCAAAGCAUCUACUCAACAAUGACUUGAUAAUUAAGUGCCUCCCAUUUAAAAUGUAUCAGGCUUUCUAUUUAUUUAAAUAUUUAAAAUUUAUAUUUAUUUUUUGAUGUAUGCUUUUCUACCUUUUGUAACUAUUAGU